AUGGGUUUCACGAGUGCAAAUGAGCAAUACUUGUCCAAGAUAGCAACCAACGAACAACAUGGAGAAAAUUCUCCAUAUUUUGAUGGAUUGAAGGCAUACGACAAUGAUCCUUUUCGCACUAAUCAAAACCCGAACGGGGUUAUCCAAAUGGGUCUUGCCGAAAACAAUCUUUCUUAUGACCUAAUGGAGGACUGGAUAAAGAAAAACCCAGAAGCAUCCAUUUGCACCACUGAUGGAGUUGACAAGUUCAAGGAUGUCGCCAUAUUUCAGGACUAUCAUGGCUUGCCGGAGUUUAGAAAGGCUGUUGCAAAGUUUAUGGGGAGAGUCAGAGGUGAUAGGGUAACUUUUGAUCCAGACCGUAUAGUAAUGGCUGGUGGAGCAACUGGAGCUAAUGAACUGCUCAUGUUUUGUUUGGCUGAUCCUGGGGAUGCGUUUCUGGUUCCUUCACCUUAUUAUCCUGGGCUCGAUAGGGACCUGAGUUGGCGAACUAAGGUGCAGCUAUUUCCAGUCAUCUGCGAGAGCUCGAACAAUUUCCAGAUCACACCAGAGGCACUAGAAGAGGCGUACGAAAAAGCCAUACAAGCCAAAGUCAACGUAAAAGGCUUGAUCAUAAUAAACCCUUCAAACCCAUUAGGCACCAUCUUAGAUACAAAGACACUACAAGCCCUCGUGCGCUUCAUCAACGACAAGAACAUUCACCUUGUCUGCGACGAAAUUUACGCUGCCACUGUUUUCAGCUCCCCAAAUUUCAUCAGCAUCUCUGAGAUCAUAGAAGAUGUAGAUUGUGAUCGUGAUUUGAUCCACAUUGUUUACAGUUUGUCUAAGGACAUGGGCUUCCCAGGAUUUCGGGUGGGGAUUGUGUAUUCAUACAAUGAUGCGGUGGUGAAUUGUGGCCGGAAAAUGUCAAGCUUUGGGUUGGUAUCAUCACAAACACAAUACUUUCUUGCUUCACUGCUUGCAGAUGAGGUGUUUGUGGAAAUGUUUCUUACGGAGAGUGCAAAGAGGCUGGCAAAGAGGCACGGAAUCUUCACAAACGGGCUUGAACAAAUGGGAAUUAGUUGUUUGAAAAGCAAUGCAGGCCUAUUUUGUUGGAUGGAUUUGCGUUCACUGCUUAAAGAAGCAACAGUUGAAGCUGAAAUAGUGCUAUGGAGGGUGAUUAUCAACAAAGUGAAGCUCAAUGUCUCUCCUGGCUCUUCUUUCCAUUGCGUUGAGCCGGGUUGGUUCAGGGCUUGCUUUGCAAAUAUUGAUGAUGAGACAGUUGAAGUUGCACUCCAACGGAUUCGAUUAUUUGUGGGGAAAGGAAAGGAGAAAGAGGUUGUAGCAGUGAAGAACAAGCCAUGGCAGAAGAAUCUCCGGCUUAGCUUCUCACCUCAGAAAUAUGAUGAGAGUGUCCCUCCGCCGUGCUUGAUGUCCCCUCACUCUCCGAUUCCUCAUUCGCCGCUUGUUCGGACCAGGACUUAG